AUGCAGCUGGUGCUGUUGACGGACGGCGACAUCCGCGGGCUCCUGCUUUUGCUCCUGAUGAUGCUGACGGGCCUAAUGUUUGCCAAGCUUAGCCUGAUGCCCGAGCUCUCAGCCAUCCUGAGCCACUUGUUCGACGCGAUCCUGUUUAAGCCUCACGGCGACAUCAUCGACGACUGGAUGCUGAUGCUGCGCCAGCUCUACCAGCGGCUGGUGCGUUACGCGCUGCUCGACGACAUCACCUUCCUCAUCGAGUGGUACCUCGUGGUGCUGACGUUCUGCGACCACCAUUUAGAUAUUGUCAAGCACUACCUCGAGUUCAACACGGUGUUAAUGUACGGCGCCCUCAACCGCGACUUCAUCGCCGCCAUCAGCGACAACGAGCACAUUGGCGACGCCAAUUCCCCCGUGGUCAACCGCAUCAACCAUUACUGGAUCCAGCUCAAGCUCUGCGAGAUCGACUGCCUGUUCUUCGUCGACAAGGGGCUGCUUUUGCAAGGGGCGCAGUACGCCCACGGCAACAUCCCCAGUUUCGAAUUCAUGGAGCGCCUCUACGGCGGCGCCGGCUUCCCCGAGUUGCCCGUUGACGAGGUGAAGACGCUGCUCUUUGUGUGGGGUAAAUACUACCUGCGCAAGCUCGAGAUACGCGACCUCCACGAGUUCAUCGUGUCCUACCUUCUGCUCUACGCCGACAUGGCUCAGUUCACCCAGGAGGCAGUGGCGCUGUGGCCACAAGACGCCGCCGCACAGUGGACGGCGGCGGUGCGGGCGCUGCUGGCGUACUUCCUCUGCGUGCGCUGGCUCACGUUCGUGCGCCUCGAGCAAGGCUACUUCCCCUCGCUCCGGUUCGCCAUCUACACGAUGGCGAUGGUGUGCCAGUUCAACCCCGUGUUGCGGUUGAUGGACGAGCACCCCGAUUUCCUCGCGCACCUGCUCCCCGAGGCCAACGUGCACCACUUUAGGUGGGUGUACGUGUUGUUCAUCUACCUGCUGGUGUUUUUGGCGGUGUUGGCGCUGUUCCGCCAGCGCACGGGAGCGCUUCUGCCCCUGCGGGUGUACGACACUGUCCGCGCCAAAUUUGACCGGGUGUGGCGCCAGUUCCACUCGUUGGAGGCGCUUCGCAGCGUGCCCAAGUACGCCGACUGCCUCGAGAUCUCCCAGCUCUGGGCCCAACUCGGCGCCCUAGCGCUGCUGCGCGACCUUAUCGCGGCGCUCCAACGGGCGCUUGGCGCCGACCGCAGCAGCCGCGCCGUCAAUUACUUCUUCGGCCUGGAACAUAACUUGGGCGCCUACGUCGACACGUUGUGGGAGUUGAUGGACGACAUGUGUAGAGCCACCGAGCCUCUCACCGUGGUGCGGGGGAUCGUCGUCAACGACGACAUGCUCGAGACGUAUGGGCUGCGCCUCGAAGGGUUCCAGUUCGACAAGGACGACGUGAUUGAAUUUAUAGACGCCCACAGCACUACGUAA